CAGGUCUCAGGCCCCCAGGCGGGGCGGCGGGCACCGAGUCACCAGGCACAACAGUGGGCUCCGAGUCAACUGGGAUGACCGCUGGCACUGGGUCAGACAUUGGAUCGUCUGGCUGGACAGCGGGCAUCGGGUCACCAGGCAUCAGGUCAUUUGGCUCGACAGCGGGCACCGCGUCAUCUGGCAAGGCAGUGGGCUCCGAGUCAACUGGUAUUGGAUCGUCUGACUGGACAGCGGGCAUCGGGUCACCAGGCAUCAGGUCAUUUGGCUCGACAGCGGGCACCGCGUCAUCUGGCAAGGCAGUGGGCUCCGAGUCAACAGGCACGACAGUGAGCACCGGGUCAUCAGGUACCGGAUUGUCUGGCUCGACAGCGGGCAUCGGGUCACCAGGUAUGACAGCGGGCACUGGGUCACCAGGCAUUGGAUCGUCAGGCUGGAUCAGUUCAUCAUGCUGGGUAGAGGCAUCAGGCUGAAUGCCGGCGUCCGGCUGAGUAGAGGCUUCAGGCCGAGUAGAGGCUUCAGGCCGAGUAGAGGCUUCAGGCCGAGGAGAGGCAUCAGGCCGAGGAGAGGCAUCAG